UGGAGGCCCUGUUCCCCGGGCAGCGCUCUGAGCUGUGGAGGAGGAGCAGGAUCCACCUGGAGAGGCACCUCCAGACGGCCCGGCCCACGGAGCCAGUCAGCCUGAUGCUGACAGCAGGCCGCAGGGGGGAGAAGACGCUGCACUGCCUUGCCCUGCGUCUGGCCUCCGCCUUCUCCUCUGCCCUCAACGCCUCCUCCAUCCACAUCGACGGGGCCAGCAUGGCUGGCCAGGACAGCGACCAGGUCAAGCUGGACAUCGACACCCAGCUGGGGCGAGCCUUCGAGGGAAACAAUUCCGUAGCCGUCAUCCACCGCUUUGAGGAGCUGCCCCCGGGUUCCACRAUCAUAUUCUACCGCUACUGUGACCACGAGAAUGCAGCCUACAAGGAGGCCUUGCUCAUCUUCACCGUGCUGCUGGGGGGUGAGGAGGAGCUGCCGGCCAGCCUGGGACUGAGUGCCGUGGAGGAGAUGGUGGAUGACCACCUGCAGGACAAGUUCCUUUCCUCUGACCAGCCGGCCGCCUUUGACUUGAUGGACUUGGACAAGUUCAGUGGUCUGUGGAGCCGCAUCUCUCACCUGGUCCUGCCAGUGGCAGCAGAGGAGAGGAUAGAGCAGGGGGACUGUGUGUAAAACCUCCCUGUCUAUUUUUACUGUUUCACCUUCUACUAGCCUGGUUCCAGAUCAGUUUGUGCUGUUUUGUUUUGGUAAUCAUAAUUCCAUAGGGAGUUGACCAGAGAGCAGGAAGACUGGCACCCAGGCUAAUCUUCUGAUACUCCAAUCACUGAACUAUCUGACACUUCUGUCCUCACAUCCUUCAUAACAUUGCUAUUAUUAUCAUCAUCAGUUGUGAUGUUKUAAUGAUGGUCACAGCACACAGGGACAUGAAUAGCAAUGGUUGACCACUUGCCACUUUAUAAGUUUAUAAGUCUACUACAAAAGGCGGAGCCAAGAAAGAAAAAUACACCGAGAGAGACAUUGCAGUAAUGUAGUAAUUAGUGAUCUGGAAGACACUGCAGGGUGUGUAUUGUAUGUACAGCAUGUAUGAGAUUGGGUUAAUGAGGGAUAUGUGAUUAUUAUGAGUCUGUUUACUCUCAUAUUUUAAUUAUCCUAUAUAUGUCUAUUGAAGAGCAGCCUUCUGGAGUGUGUGUGUGUGUUUGUGUGUUGAUGUUGUAACCAGGGGUUUACCUUGUCAGGAUUACCCAGAUUGCCUCACCUGUCAAGGACUUUGACGAGGACAAAGAUAUCAAAUAAAACAAUGUGCCUUAAAUGGAAAUAAUUAA